AUGACUGACUGGACAGAUAUUCAUGAUGAUUUUACUGACGAAUUACAAUCGCAGUGGGAAAAAUACGAACCUGAGGAUGCUGACUUUGCUUUUUAUAUUGAAAAACAAGGCUAUACCGUUGAUGAUGUGGAAAGAAAAGAAGGAAGAAUAAACAAAUUAAGAGACAAAUACGAUAGAGGUGAAGAAAUGAUUGAUGAUUUUUCUUCCGAGGAGGAGGAUUAUGAAGAAGAAGUCAAAAUUCAAACAAAAAAAGUUCGUUUGUCUAAUCCUCCUAAUCAAGACUGA